AUGGGACUAGUGAAUAAACUUAUUUUCCUCAUUGGUUUGGGAGCUCUCACAUAUAAUACAAAUCCCGAUAAAGGUGACUUCAAUAGACAAUUGGCAAAGAAAAUAGAAAAUAAAGAAGGUAAAAUUGCUAGUUAUGUACUAAGAGGUGUUAUGUCAGUUACUAAUCCAGUAGAGGUUCAAAACUGUGUUUAUUUCUCUUUGGCAACUAUGGUUCCAUGUGAAGCAAACAACUUUUCAAACGAUGUAGUAGGCGUAGGAAUGUUUGGUAAAUGGAUUAUCUUCACAUAA